AUGGGUGUUGAUGAUGUCACUGAUUACAAAGGAUCACGACAACUACAAAGUCUUUAUGAUUUCUCUGAGCAAGCUGCAUCAGCCCACUUGUCUGAAGUAACCUUGGAUGAAUUUGAUAAAGCUAAGAAGAUUGACGACGUAUUCUUUAUUUAUCUUUACGAUAAAAAUACACCAUCUAAGAAUUUAGAUAUUAUGAAAAGAUUAUCUCGUUCUUUCUUUUCGGUUAAAUUCUAUUCUAGUAAGGAUCCCAAACUUUCUGCUUCACUAAAGGUCUACACCCUUCCUGCAUUAAUAGUCAUAAAAGACGAUCUUCAAAAAAGUUACAUAACCACAAAUUCUGUUGAACCUUUCGAUGACUUUAUAUCCUUAAAGAAUUGGGUUCAAUCUGAAAAAUAUCCAUUGGUUCCAGCGAUAGAUUCAGAAAAUUAUGAGGAUAUAUUGGGUGGUGAUAGGUUGGUGGUUUUAGGCGUGUUGAGACCAACAGAUGUUAGGCCUUUCAUUAAAGCCAAGAGUUCAUUGAAAGCAGUUGCAAAACUAUAUCAUCAACAAACUAAAGAACGAAAUUCUGAUGAUAGUCGAG